AUGGCGGACGGAGGAACCGCCGGAGAAGGCGGUGGCGCGGCGAAGGUGAGGGUGGUGCGCUGCCCCAAGUGCCAGAAGCUCCUCCCCGAGCUCGCAGGUUUCACGGUCUACCGUUGCGGCGGCUGCGACACUACUCUCCGAGGUGAGUGAGCCUCCUAUUGCUUCUCUCUUUUCUCGGGUUUCACUCGCCGAGGGGUGAAGCCUUCCUUUGUCUGUUUCUUCCUGUACAGCGAAACCUAAAGUUCCUGUCGCGGGGGGGACCGCGGAGGCGUCCUACGAAGAGAGGAUCAUCGUCUCCGAGUGUCCCGAGUCCUGCUCGGCGGCGGGCAACGGGAUUCACUCCAUGGCGAGCUCAGAGAACGACCACCACGAUAGAGAGAAGGCCGAACUGAGGAGAAGACAGAGGGUACCAGAAGGAGUCUCCUGCGGCAGCGCUUCGUCCGCUACCGGAGGUGUUGGUGCCGCUAAGGAGCCCGGUCCACAGAGGUUGAACGCCCCGAGCGGGAGGAAUCGGCACAGAGACGGCGGCUUCAUGCGUGCCUCCAAAGCGCCGGCCGGCACCAGCAGCGGUAGCGUCGAUGAAGCUUUGAAGAGCAACGCCGAUGAGGAGAACAGAGAGAACAAGUUGAUGGGCGAUCGUAUGUACAGAUCUCAGAAGGUUCAGAGCAGCAACCCUGCUUUCAAGGACGAGGAGAGGGACGGACUGGGGACUACACUGAGGAGAACGCCGAGGGCUUCAAUGGAAGGCGGCCGGCUCCCUCCCUACUCGCAGGAGGGCCCCUCCAGUAGCCAUCCGGUGGCAGCGCCACCACCCUACAACUAUUUCGACGAUCGUCAUCCCAGGAAUAGUCUGAAGCCGGACGGACCUGGCAAGGUGGAGAGGCUCGAGCAAGACAGGGCGGUUCUCCUCCAGAAGCUCGACGAGCUCCGCGACCAGCUCAGUCGAUCCUGUGACGUCAAGGGGAAGACGAACGAAAGGGAGGCCGCAAGCAGGAGGACGACCUCUUCCAGCGCCUUUGAUAGCCAGGGCACCUGGCUAAAGAACUCAUCAUCUUCAGUGAAUCGAGCUGCUGCUGCUCGGCAAUUCCCUCUGCCUGCCGCGCACAAUGUGGACUCGCAGAACUUCUACGCGCCACCGCCUCACGCGCGGAACGAGAUGCUCGGCUAUGGCGACCCAUUUGAGCCUCCGCUGGUCAGGAGAGGGCCGUAUCAUCCCCUCCAUCAGUACCCACAGAGAACUGCCGAGGGUUACCUGUAUGGGCAAUUCGAUCCAGAAUCGGUCAUCCCCUACCGACACGAUGCCUUCUACAAUCAGCCCGCCUGCUCGUACUCUCACUGCUAUGACGCGCCGUGGCAAGAGCCGCCACCGCCACCGCCGCCGCCGCCGCCGCAUGCCCCGCCCACCGUCUUCCCCACCCGGAGAGCGGCGUACCUUGCGAACAGUCACAGCCUGUAUCCCGUUGAUGACCACUUCAUGCUCGGCUCUGUCGGCUACAACCAUCGAAGCGGCAAUGGGUUGCUCCCUCGCGAGCCACGGGCGCAGCCGAGGACCGUGCCGCCGAGAUGGAACAGGCACAGCUACAAGCCCGUCGCUGGCGGCGCUCCCUUCAUUGUGUGCCACAACUGCUCUGAACUGCUGCACGUAUCUCCCCAUCUUCUGUCGCCAGGUAAGGCUCUGCAUAAACUGCGAUGUGGGUCGUGUUCUGAGGUGAUCUCGUUCAAGUUCGACGGGAAUCGACUCAACGUCGCUUCUCCGCCCUCCGCCAUGGAUGCGCCGUCACAGCACGGAGAGGAUUCUGGGGAUUUGAUGGGGCAGGGCUUGCUGCGGAUGGGCUCUAGAAACCAUGGUGCUGCUGAUUCGUACUCGGGAAACUGUGAGCACUUCAGCGGCAAUGUUCAGUCCACCGAUGAGAAGCUCGUUCUAUCCUCCCCUGUUCCACUUGCCAGCCAUGAAACGAUCGAAAAGGAUUACGGGCUGAACCUCAGUGAGUCGGAGAACAUGCUGGGCUUGGGCUCUCCUUCCAGUUCGUCCGAGGACAAUGGGAACACAGAGAGCAUGGUCUGUCACAGAGAUAUUCCUAGCUCUCCGGAGCUCCAGUCCCAUGUUGAGGCCAAUUCACUUGGAUCAGGUUUGCCUCUUCGGGAGCACUUCGGAUAUUCACCAUCUGAUCAACCAGUGGGAAAGCCUGGAGAGGGAAGCAGAAGUAAACGAUUUGAUCAAGAGAAGAUGGUAGAAAUAAAUGAUAAUUUUAAUCAUAACUCUGUCAAAGAUGUCUCGAUAACUUCUGAUGUGGAAUCGCCGACUGACGACCAUCUGAAUCAUGGGCUAUCUCAAGAUUCUGGUGAAAUCACCAAAGAGGAAGACCAUCCAAAAACAGGCAAGGGUGGUGACUCAUUCUUUACGGGUUUUAUCAAGAAGAGUUUCAAGGAUUUCUCUCGGUUUAAUCAGCCAUCAGACGGUAGUAAAUCUAAGGUUUCAGUAAAUGGUCAUCAUAUUCCUGAUCGUCUCCUCAAGAGGGUCGAGAAACUAGCUGGGCCUAUUCAUCCGGGAGAAUACUGGUAAUUAUCAUUCUAAUGUUUUCCCUGCAUCUCUUCUAAGUUCAGUGCUGGUUAUUACUGACCAUGAUGGCUAAAUUGUGCGGUAAGAAGUAAUUCAUUGAAAUUCUCCGAGAAAGUUUCUUUGGUUUUUUAUUGUUGCACUAACGGGCUGGUAGAUCAUAGAUGUGGAUUAUAAUCGGAGUAAAAUCACCCGAAGAAAUUAUGUAUUUUGGUAAAAUCUAAGAAUCGCAGUCUCUGACCAACAAUGACCAUACUCUCUUCUUUACUGAUAGCCAGUGUAUCCAAGAGUAGGAAGGGAUGAGGAUGCACAAUAAUUGUAUGCUUAACCUUCCAAUUCAAGUUCUAUUCUUUUCCCGAUAGCUUCUGCUUCGUUUCACCUGUGAUCAAUAGAUAUCUCGUUAUCUGCCAGAUGCUCCCAAGAUCUAUUUGUUUCCCGAAUUUAUUCUGUUUAACAAUUUUGAUAAACGAAGUUACCGUGAAGGUUUUUAAUCUUUACCUGAAAGCACAGUGAUUUCUUUACUUGGACAUAGCAAGCAAUAAUUCAUCCCAGAGCUAGUUUGAAUGUUUUUUGUGCUGAUUUUUCUGUGGCUUCAAUCCAGGUACGACCAUACAGCUGGAUUCUGGGGUGUUAUGGGGCAACCAUGUCUCGGCAUAAUUCCAGUAAAGAUCAUCUGCAUCUGAAGUUUCAUGGAUCGUAGGAGUUUGUCAUGAGAGCACAGGCUGAACAUGGUGUUCUUUCUUGCAGCCAUUUAUCGAGGAGUUCAACCAUCCCAUGCCGAAAAAUUGCGCCGGUGGGAAUACUGGUGUUACUGUCAACGGCAGAGAGCUUCACCAGAAAGAUUUGGAUCUGCUUGUCGGGAGAGGUCUUCCGGCGGAUUAUGGGCGAUCGUAUCGUAUUGACAUCUCUGGGAAGGUUCUGGAUGAUGCUUCUGGAGAAGAGCUGGAUAGUCUUGGCAAGCUUGCUCCGACGUAUGGGCCUUCUUCUGAUCUCUCGUACCUUCCAUGGAAUUGGCCAAAGCUUUUAUGACGCCGAAUGUUUUCCAGUUUCUUCGUGUUGACGACAAAUUAAUCCGGCUUAUUACUCUUCCGACAGGAUCGAGAAGGUGAAGCAUGGAUUUGGAAUGCGUGUUCCGAGAACCCCUGCAGGGUCGACCUAG